CUAUUGGACAACGAUGCGAAACAAAUCGAUCGCGAAAAAUGAAAGUUCAAAAGCGUUCUGUAUCGUCGAUAUAUUGCAUAGAAAGCACAUUGGAAUGCAAGGAUCGUAACCAUAGAAGUAUACGUAUUGUUGGAUCGUUAGAUGUAUCACAUAUACUCUGGAUAAUUCUGCGAAAAGAAGACCGUAAAAUCGUCUAAGAAGUCUGAUGCCCGUUUCUACUAAUAAGCGAGCAUCAGAGAGAGAAAGGAUCAUGAGCGAGCAAGAAGACGCGAUUUCAAUAACUCGAAUGGAGAAACUUUUGACAAGCGUUACUAACAGGAUAAAGGAAUCGAUUGAAAAAUGUGGAGUGGAUGAUUCGCCAUUGCUUCAAGAGAUCAUCGAUCUCAUCGAGCUCUUAAAAAAAUUCGUUAUAUCCCGCAUGAAGAGAACUCCCAAUGUAGAAUCCAUGCACGCUAUCAAUUUGCACGAUUGCCGGACAAAAAUAGCGGAAGUUUUGGCGGAAUUCGAAGCUUUGCAGGAGGUAUCUGAAGAACAAAACUCGAGCUGUGAAAUUUUUCUGAGGGAUAUUGUUACCUGCGUAAAUGACGAGGAAGAAAUAAUGCGAAGCAUCAAGGAAACGUCAGAAGUAGAGAUACCAAAAGAAAUAGAGGAAUCAAUGCGGGAAAUGAUGAAUGUAAGGGAACGAGAGGAAACACGAAGGAAAAUACUACAGUCUGAAAUAGAUUCAGCAGAGCGUAGAUUGCACAACAUUAUAGAAUUCAAUGCAACAUCUGAGAAAAAGCUUUUUGAUAUAUGUGCAAACAUUGAACAACAAUAUAUUGCGCUUCUUGCUAAAUACGAUUGCGACAUCGGCGCGUCUCAUGCGUUAACAGAAGAACUAUCAAAAAACAAUGAAAUUAUUAAAGGAAAAAUUAAAGAAAUGGAGGAUCAGCUGGCCGUGCAACGGGAACUGUAUGUUCAAUUCAAGAAGGAGCGAGAAAUCGCGCUAAUGAUAGCUUUCACUGAACAACUGGAUUUGCUUAGGCGCAACCGAGCCGCUAAGAUUAUCCAAAGAGCAUGGAAAGCGUACUUUGAACGUAUUUCUUUAAAGAAACGGCGAAAAACGAAGAGAAAAUAAACAAAAAUAAGACAAUUCCAUCAGUUUUACAUUUGAACAAACAAAUGAUAUCACCUUAAUAGCACAGACCUUCAGAUGCGGGAUCUCCGUAUGUCCUUUGAACAUUCUGAUAACAUGCCAGGAUAUAGUGCUAUUAAAGUAAUUCGUUAAUAUAUGCACGAGAAAACAAAGCACCGAAAAUAAUAUUUUUUUAUGAAUAUGCUAAGAUACAUAAUUUAAACUACUGUAAUGGGGAAACUAGAAAAAAGGAGCAAGUGGCAUU